AUGAAAGUUGGCCUAGAAAUAAAUCUAGACAAAACCAAAUUUAUAACAAAUCUGGUAACAAAUGAUAACAUAAUUAUCGAUGGAGGUGAGAUAGCGCAAGUAUAUGACUAUAAAUAUCGACGCUAUGAAGUGAGGAUAGGAAGAGAUAACCAAACGUGUGAGAUAAAGCGUCGAAUACUGUUAGGAUGGAUAGCUUUUGGCAAGUUGAGUAGUACCUUGAAAUCAGACUUACCAAUAAGCCUAAAGAGAAAAGUAUAUGAGCAGUGUGUUAUACCUGUGAUGUCCUAUGGGGCAGAGACGCUUACCCUCACGAGACAAACUGCAGGAAAGAUGAGAGUGGCGCAACGGGCAAUGGAAAGGCAAUGUUGGGAAUUACGAGAAGGGAUAGAAUUACAAAUGAGAACAUAA